CUUUUCCCAAGAUCUACCUGUCUGUCUCACAGCCAUAUCCUCCUCGAAACAGAUAUCCCCCCUUGCUUUUACACUAUGGCCAUGAAGCGUAAAUUCGAAUUCGAGUCUGACGACACUUGCUAUCAAUUGACGAAGCAGCUAAAAAUGGUCCCCUUCCCUAACUAUGAGCCUGAUGUCGACGUCGCAAUGUCAGAUUCUUCCUCUUCUGACGUCGAGGCUUACUCCCCCGAGACCCAUCACACCCGCCUCGCAUCGACCACUAGCACUUCGUCUGGCUCUUCCGACAUAGACUACAGCUCGCCUCUUUAUCCUAGAUUCCAACUGUACCGACCUGUCCUCGAAACCGGAUCUCUCCUAGAUUCCGCCAAAACCGUCGGCUUACUUCAACCUGCAAGCUCUUUUUCGCAUCAUGGCUCAAGCUGCUCUCAAAUACCCAAGCUUCGUGUUGCCUGCUCUGCCGGUCCCGACGGUCAAAGAACUAUGUGGAGCUUCUGUGAACAAUGCGGUGCGAUAUCCAUGGUCGAUUCCGACUAAAUUUCGACAUUCGAUCGCUUCCUCGACAACCCACGACAUGGGCCCGGUGCUAACUGUUAACGCGACUUCCCCUUUUUUUUAUUAUCCUUUUUUAUUGUGCUAAUGUUCUAUGAACUUUCGUGUUUCCGCGACGUAUGGCAGCCACCGUAUCCCGUUUCAUCCAUCCACCUCCACGUCUUCGAAAGGUCGACUCACCUGAUAUAUCCUCUCCCAUAAAUCUCCAAAAUCACCUGCCGACUUCAUUCUCGACAUCUUGGCUCUUCCACUCAGCGACACCUCCCGACCUAUCGAAACUCUCAUGCCACUGCCUGCCUGCUGCUACUAUAUAUGCAUCGUUCCGUCACGACCUGUGCUCUCCCUGUACAUAUUACCAGUGCUCAUUUGUAUAUUACACGCGGCAACUGCUAUCCGCUUGCUUUUUUCUUUGU